CAAGUUACCGUACUAAAGCAGUCGAUGUUAGUCCAGUAAACGAAACGGUCCAGUGUUGUUCGCCAUCAGAAAAGUUGAAGGUUGAUUAUUGUUUACACAAACUUUAAGAAGAUACAUAGGACAUUGAAUUAGUAAAGAUGUCGGUUAUUCGAGCAAUCGCCGUGUUCCUUUGUGGGUUCCUGUCCCUAAGAGUAUGCAGAGCUCAAGUAUUGUUCCCGGGGGCAUGUCCUGAUGUUGCAGCUAUGGCUGACUUCAAUGCUAAUAGGGUACGUUACUGGCCAUCAUUCAUUAGAAAAGGCAAAAAUCUCCUAACAAUAAUUGGCAAUGUCAAUGAUUUCAGCACUGGUAUCCAAUCAGAGAUUCAAGGAGAAGCAAACCAAGUUAGCCGUUCUGAUGAAGGGAAACUCUCAGUCAGGUUUCCGUCUCUGCCAGUCAACUUCGCUGCCCCGUACUGGAUUGUCGAUACCGACUAUGAUAACUAUGCUCUUGUAUGGAGUUGCUACGACUUCGGGUUCUUCCAUACUCGCAAUGCUUGGAUCCUGACUAGAGAGAGAAAUCCGCCGCUAGCAACGUUGGAAAAAGUAUAUAUGGCCGCAGAUAAAAAUAACAUCAACCGAGCUUACUUCAUGAGAACCGACCAGAGGAAUUGUCCGGACAAUUACAACAAGGUGUAAAUUUAACUAAUUUUUGGAAUCAGUCCAAAUAUAAUUUUUUUAGCUAUACGACGCGAUACGUCAGGAGGAUUUGUCAAUUAGGUACAAACCAAAAAAAUAAUGAAGUCGCCCAAAAGCAAAUUUUUAUUCCAAUUAUUUGUUAAUGUGUAGAUUAUAGACUAAGUUGCAUAAUUGUUUCCGCAUUCGGGCAUAGUUUGCAUUAGUAAUUAAAUCGGCAAUAUGAAAUACUAAUACCACUUUUGACCUUGCACUAAUUCAUUAUAGAACCUGUACUAUUCAUUAUUAACAUCAAUAUCACAAAUCACAAACAAAAAAAUAAAAAUCUUCAUACGACCUCGUCUCUCGAGCGGCUGAACUGUAUAGAAGAGUUAAUUGUAUACUUUAUAUUGUAGAGUAGCUGUGUAAUAUACAAUAGUCACUAUUUUGCUACUAAAAUUUCUAUAACAGAGGUAACUUGUAAAACGUAUACUCAUUCAUCGAUAAGUUUUUCCUAAAAGUAGCGCCAGCAGUACGCUCUAGUGUGGCGAUUGUUGCAGCUCUUCAAAACACUAUUAUGCUACUGUUAUGCAGUUGAAAUGCGGAGAGUGCAUAAUAUUUUGCCUAAUGAUGUUAGGGCUGCUGCAUUAAGCCGAUAUUUCUAUCGGCUUAGAAAAUAAUUGAUUCGCUCUAAAACCCUUAUGCAGCAAAUUGAUGUUGCUUAGGCAGGACCUGCGCGCAUUUUGUUUCGAUAUAAUGGGUGUCUAAACAAUUCAAAGUAAGGACCGACUCAAGUUGACAGCUGCGCCAGACCUGCGUGAUUAUUGUUUAUAAAUAUAUGAAAUUAUGUAAUUUUUUAAUGUACUUUUAAUGUAAGUAUAUAAACGAAUAUUUCUACAGUGCAUUUAUUAACAUGCUAGUGCUAAUGUUAGAUGUAAAUUCAUGGCCAUUUUCAUGACCUUGAGAUGUAGUUUCAUGUGUUGUAGCAUAGUUUAUAUGUAAUUUACUUAUUUAUUAGAGCUUAUGAAAAUGGACACGACUUUUUUAUUAAAGUGAAUUUUUGAA